UGUCAAUUUGUCAUUGACAUCAAUAAAGUAGUUGUAAUGUUGUAUGCAGUCUAAUUAUCGCUUUACUUCCUCUUUUAGAAAUGUUGGCUGCGAGAAAUAAGCAAACUAAUCUGUUCCUUGGAUUUAUUUUGAACUAAAAGCUUAUAUUCAGUGGAAAUAUGGAUAUGAUACAAGAUUUGUCCCUCAGCCAUGAGUCGUUGUUAUGCUGCCGCGCCUGCCUCGCGACCGAUGCGAGACUCUACAACAUCCAUGAAUAUAGACUCGCCGAGGCCUUUUACCGAGUCUCAGGGACCUUUGUGUACAAGGAUGGGCCGCAGCACCUCUGCACCUUCUGCAGUGCGGCGCUGCUCCGCUGCGAGGCCUUCCGCACCAAGUGCGUCCGCGCCCAGCUGUGCCUCAACUCCAAGGAGCACCAAGGAGAGCUGGACACAGACUACAUCCGCACGAUAGACCGCGCAUCACACAAACUCCUCCCAAACCUGACCGUCAACCCGGUACAAACUGUCGAAUGCAUCGACGUCAAACCCCCCGAGGACAUCAAAAACGAACCCGACAUCGACAUCACAGAUAACAAGAAAACCGACUUCAAAAUAGAAGUCGAGAUCAAUGAGGACAAAUUGGAACAAGUAUUUGUUGUAACUGACAUCGAUAAUAAUGAUAGAAACAAAAGAAAAAGGAGGGGUUCAAAGAAAAAGAUUAAAACUGAAAUCGAUGUAGAUUUUGAUGGUGUGGACAAUGUGGACGUAGAUGAUGAUGAUAAUGAUGAUAUAAGUUUAGAAAAUAUAGCUAAAAGCCUGAAGCGAAAAGUGAAAUCUAAAGCUAAGAAGGUGGUUAAGAAGAAAGAUAAGCCGGUGAAAGUUAAGCAGGUGAAAGAGAAGCCGGUGAAAGAGCUGAAGAUUAAGAGGAGGAAUCCGGCUAAUGGUUAUUUGCCGGAGUUUGCGAUGGCCGCGUUUGAAAACACGUAUUCUGUUCAUGUCGUCACUUUAAGCAAGGAAGAGCAACUGGAAGAGAUCGCAACACGCAAGAAGUCUCUGAACUACCUGGAGUCGCCGUUCAAGUGCGAGGACUGCGGGAAAGGGUUCGGCGUGGAGUCCGCCUACAACAACCACCGAGUCUGGCAUAGCCCGAGCAACGGCCCGCUCUCAUGCGAGAUAUGCGCCAUGCGCUUCAGGGCGCGCAACAAGCUCCAUCAGCACCAGGUCCGUCACCGGAUCAAGUUCAUAUGCAACGAGUGCAACUUCGUCUCCAGAACCAGGGGCCAAGCGAGAAAGCACCACGCCAUGCACGCGGGCAAGACGUACGAAUGCCAGCACUGCGGGAAGAGCUUCAUUAAGAUGACGUCAUACUUGACGCACAUACGCGUGGUGCACCCCGCGCAGUGCGCCGCGUGCGACGUGUGCGGCGAGACGUUUGUGGGCGAGAACGGACUGAGGAUGCAUAAGAACAGAGCUCAUGCCGAGAAAUCGCAACAAUUUAAGUGCACGACGUGUUCAGCGAACUUUGUCAGUUUAGAAGCUCUGAACAGACACACAGACACGCCCGGCGAGCACGGAGACCUGCGGCCGUGCGAGCAGUGCGGCGAGAACUGUGCGAGCGAGCACAAGCUACAGGAACAUGUCACAGAGAGACAUCCGAAGGAAAUGCAUCGGUGUGAGGAGUGCGACAUGUCAUUCCCCGACGCGUCGGCCCUCUCGGUCCACACUAAACGCUCGCACCUCAACCAGCGGCCGUCCGCGGCGGCAGACCGGCUCUACAACAGGAAAGUCGCUGCGCGCCGCCGCGCUGCGCUGCGCGGCGCCCCGCCCAAGGGGCAAGUGGUGUGCGAGCAGUGCGGACAGAUCAUGCCGAACGCUACCCUGCUGCGGUACCACCAACGUCGACACGACGGUGUGAAGCCGUUCGCCUGCAACCAGUGCCCGAAGACCUUCUACUACAAAACGUCGUUAGAUGUACAUAUACUGACGCACACAGGGGAGAGACCGUUCCAGUGUCCGGAGUGUCCGCUUGCCUUCGUACUGAAGGGACACCUCAAGCGACACCAUAAGACUGCGCACCAAGGAAUCCGCGACAACAUCCCGUGCUCUAUCUGUGGCCGAGUGUUCUCCACCAAGUCCGCGCUCACCACGCACGUCAACUCUGUGCACCACGGGCAGCCGUGGCCCAAGAGGGACCGGAGCAAGCGGAAAACUAAACCCAACGCUUAAUAAAUCCAUUAAAAACAU